CCAAGCUAUAUUCCUUCAUAGAUUUUCUUAUAUGUGUGUUCCUCAUGCCACAUCUCCAUAGGAUUACAAAUUCAAAAGUUWACUCUUAUCAACUUCAUGCUAGUGCCCAAGUUGUUAGUCUCCUGAAUAAACUAAACAUGAAGAUAAAUUUACAGUUGUUUGUGGCUGAAAUUAAAUGGUGUUGCUGAUUUUAUUGGCUCUGUAUGUGGUAUGACCGUAUAACGUAGUCUACUCUGUACUCAAAUGCUCUAUGGAUAAACAGUGGAUUUAUUGUCUUUUCUAAAGACUUGAAUGGUGGUGUGUUUCUUUGCAAGAGCCUUUUCAUCUGGAACUGUUACAGUCAAGUCCAUUCAAAAUUUUCAAACGCAUGAAUGGUUAGAUGCCAAACCAACAGUUUAUUUUCAUUGUCAAGGGGAGAACAAGACAUCUUUACCAGAUGUGAAGGAAGCGCACCACAUAUAUACCUUCAAGGGAGAAGAAUCCUGGCAGAAACUGUAUCAAAGCAUAUCAUCGACAAGGCCGGUUGUCUGAGCGAUGGAGAGUACAUGAUACUGUCUAACAUGUUUGCAUUGCAUGGUAGAUGGAAAGAAGCAGAUAACUGGAGAAGAAUGAUGAAAGAAGCAGGGAUUAGUAAAGUUGCUGGUUGUAGUACUAUAGAGAUCAAUGGUAGAAUGUACAGAUUUCUGGCCGGAGACAGAGAAGGUGGUUAAGCCUAGCUUGACGACAUCAG